AUGCCCGGAGCAGCCGCCGCUGCCGCCGCCGCCGCCGCGAUGCUCCCGGCUCAGGAGGCUGCUAAGCUGUACCACACCAACUAUGUGCGGAACUCGCGGGCCAUCGGCGUGCUGUGGGCCAUCUUCACCAUCUGCUUUGCCAUCGUCAACGUGGUGUGCUUCAUCCAGCCCUACUGGAUCGGCGACGGCGUGGACACCCCGCAAGCCGGCUAUUUCGGGCUCUUCCACUACUGCAUCGGCAACGGCUUCUCCCGGGAGCUGACCUGCAGGGGCAGCUUCACGGACUUCUCCACGCUGCCCUCGGGCGCCUUCAAAGCCGCCUCCUUCUUCAUCGGCCUCUCCAUGAUGCUCAUCAUCGCCUGCAUCAUCUGCUUUAUCCUCUUCUUCUUCUGCAACACGGCCACCGUGUACAAGAUCUGUGCCUGGAUGCAGCUCACCUCCGCUGCCUGCCUUGUGCUUGGCUGUAUGAUUUUCCCUGAUGGCUGGGAUUCAGAUGAAGUAAAACGAAUGUGUGGAGAAAAGACAGACAAGUACACUCUUGGGGCUUGUUCAGUCCGCUGGGCGUACAUCCUGGCAAUUAUUGGAAUCUUGGAUGCCCUGAUCCUCUCAUUCCUGGCAUUCGUGCUUGGUAACCGACAAGACAGCUUGAUGGCAGAGGAACUGAAGGCAGAAAACAAAGACGAUGGAAAUGCUUAAAGCAAACUAAGGUAGUGUGAGACCAAACCAUUUCUGCUAAGCCAGUAUUCUCUAGAAUGAGCACAAAAUGAAUCGAACAACAGCUAAACGAAUCGAAUAAUAGCUUUCGUACAUCAACAUCAAGAAGGAAGACACUUGGAAGAAGUCAGAAUACAGAGAUGAAAAUGGACAAGAGUGAACAUCCACUUGUCAAAGAACCUCCUAAAUCUAGAUUGGCAGAGAUGAGAGUGAUUUUUCUGGAAAGAGACGCAAUUGUGACUUAAACACCAGCUCAUUGGAAACUGUCAUUGAAUGAGAUCAGAUAACAUUCAUGAGAAAUCACAUUCAGGAAAUAUUUUAAGGAAGAGAAAUACAAAUGUGCUAGAAUUAACAUGUAAAAUACAUAUGUACUGAAGUUUGUAAACUGUCCUUUUUUAAUUAAACUGAAACAAAAAGCUUUAACCUUUCAACACUUAAAAAAGGCAGUCAGUUCUAAAUUAUUCCUAUCUCAAUAGCCAAGAGGCUGAUCAAACAUCGUUUAUUAAGGAAGCGUCUUAGGAAAUGCCUUUGAAUGUUUUCAUAAGGGACAUGACUUUUGAUUCUCCAUCUCUGCCGUUCAUUUAUUUCACUGCGUCAUUAGUUAAAACGUCUCAGUUACUAGGAGAUGGAAAGCUUCUAACUUUUCACUGAGUCUGUGUUUGGUUUAAUCUGUUUGUGCAAGUUAUUACUAAGAAAGUGUUUCUGACAUAUAGUAUUAUUCCAUCAAGCUGUAUAUUACAGGAAGGACAUCUUUACAUCAUAGGUUCCCAAGCAAUAUAGAUUUCCCUGUGUUUCAGGAAACAGCAACAAGGAACUCUGAAAAGUAUAGAAAGCUCAUUUUCACCUUGGAUGCUCACAUGUAAUAUAUAGGCUGCUAUCAAAUAAACGGUUUUUUCUAAUACUCCCUAGUAUAUGCAUAGGAAUUUAAUAUACUUUAUAAAUAGGCAUCUAAAAUAUCUGAUUUUUUCUAUGUCUUUGCCAUACGUGUCAUCAGAAAUCCAUAUCCUUUAUUUUCCUUACUGACAUGCACUCAUUUUUGUUAAAAAAAAAAAAAAAUCAUGCCAUCAAAUCUAUUUCUAAAUGAUAGUAAGUGGUACUAAAAAUAAAUGAUAAUUUAAUAGCCUUAGAAAUAAAUGAAAUAUAUACUUACACAGGUCAAAGAAACUUGGUAGGAGUGAGUUGCCUUUUUGUCUACUAAUGUUGGCUUCAAAAACACUCAAAUUUUUUUUUUGGUUUUUUGGCAUUUGGAAGUACUUACAACUAACCAGCUGCCUUCAACAAUGUUUUGCUCCCAGGCUUCCCCCACCAUCACCCUCAGCACAUAUCCUGCCAAAAUCCAACAACAGAAAGAUAUUUAAUAUUGCAAUAGCCAAUAGCCUAAAGCAGAACCAAAAAAACCCCACAGAACACAAGCUAAAAAUGUACAAGCAGAAUUAAUCAGUGUAAAACCAACCAUGUUCUAUACCUGAGCAGAAGACAUGAACACAUAGAACGGCUUUAUUCAUAGACUCAAGAAGAAGAUCAAAUUAGCAUCUAUCACUAAAACAUAAGACAGAGGCUACCACAGGAGGUGAUACAGAUCAUGGUUGAUUUCUUUUACCCUUGCUCCUAUUUCAGUCAAAUGUGUCUGGUACUAGCCACCAUUUCAAUAUAAACUAGAUUAUGUUUCAGGUGGCUAAAAGUAUAUUACACAUGUGGCCCAAAUGAGUAAAACCCAAUACACAAAGUAUGGAUUUUCUAAAGACUCAAAGGAAGAAAUUAGUUAUCAUCUGUAACUAAAGUAUUAGCCAUUCUGGGGGUUAUUUGUUGCUUUAAGUAUUAGCUCUCCUAUAGCAGUCAAAACAACCUACUUAACUAAAUUUAAUUACACACAACUUUUCAAGAAUUCACCUUUUGUUUAAAGACAGGUACUUCUCUACUUUAUCUACAAUAAAAACAGAAGGUAUUGUCUUUCUCUAAUCCAAGUAAAUUACAGGUUCAAUAGGGAGUCAUACAUCACUAAUAGCAGUGUUAGAAAAAAUGAAAAAGUACUUCCUCUCCACAUGCAAAUAUCCCCCAAAUUUUUUGCCAUACAACCUAAGUGUAAUUUAGCAACCACCAUGCUCUGAAGAUGGAUCAUUGACGAUGUACCGUUUGUACGUAGGUAAUACACAUGUAAAUCACUGAACAUUCAGUAUAAGAAGUAUGUUUUUAUCUUUUUUAAGAAACAAGUGACUCCCCUUCUCAUUCUGUUCUGUUGUAUUGUGUCCAAAAGUUGUGUGUAAUUUUUUUAAGGUCCAGGAAAUGUAAAGAAAUUUGUUGGAAUAUCAGAAUUUCUGUAAAAAAAAUAAUAAUAAAAAUAAGAUUUUGUUACUGAAAAGAAUGCUGGUGGUGUGGCAUGCAUUCA